AUGGCAUAUACAUUAUCAAUAUUUUGUCAUAUGACAACUUAUGUUUCCAAGUUUGUAUUUUUUGUAAAAAUUCAGUCAGUUCUUUUAGGUUGUACAAAUUACAGUAUUGCAGAUUUUCAGUUAACUGCAAGUGGUUACCAUGUUGAAUCAAUUAUCUCAUGUGUUAGUAUUUGCAAUUCGUAUACCCCACCAGUUUUCUUUUAUGCUUUUUUUCUUGAAGGCCAACUUUGUUUCUGCAGAAAUGCUUCACUUCCACAAGUAAACUUAUCUAACUUUAAUAGUCCUUGUUCCACAAGCACAUGUUUGAGCAAUAACUCCAUCUCUGAUUGCUUUCUAAGUGUCUAUGAAGUAGUUCCACUUGGAUUAGGGAUUGUUAAGUGGAACAUAACUUUGUGUCCUUCCAUAUUACUUGUGGACAAUGAAGUUCAAAUAAAAACAAAUAUUUUGAGAGGUGAUGCAUCAAGUGCAUAUGUGAGACCAGUACCAAAUGAUUUACCAUCAGAUGUUCAAACAGUCAAUGGUAUGACAGUGAAAAGACUUUUUUAUUUACCUGGUUUACAGCAGUGGUCGCAAGAAAUUGGAAAUAAUUUUACAAACACUUUUAUUACUAAAAUAUGGAUACAAAUUGAUGAAAAUGUUGGUGGUAUUUAUGUAAUUCCAUCCACUUACCAGGAUAAUGAAUUCUAUUAUUUCUUAUUGGUUGUCACACAAGGAACAAACACAAGUCUAACUGUUUUUCUCCCUACAAAUCAAACUUUAUUUUAUUAUGCAGACAUUAUUCAUUUGACAUAUGGAUUUGAUUUAUCCUUGAUUUAUACUUCUUCUGGAAAAACUUGUAGUCUUUCUGGUGGCUUUAUUUUAAAACAAGUUGUUUUAACAUCUGGUCAUUUAACAAAAGUGAAAUUAAAAGCCUCUGCUGCAGGAUAUUUAAAAUUUGCUAUUUUGCGACCAAUAUGCAGUAAUUCUACAAUUUUUUGUUCCUUUACCUUGGAAUGUUUAGAUGAUUGUUUUUUAAUAAAUUUAUUAGAAGAUGAAGUUUUUGUGCCAAAUCCGUCUGUAAUUACAGCAUUGGUUGUAACAAAAUUUAUUUUUCUGGUAAAUGUUACUGGAGUAAUUGAAAUACCAAUCAAAAAUCACAAUAAUGAAAUUCGAGAAAAUGACAUGGUGUGGAUUGGUGGAAAUAUUAGUUUAUUUUGCUUUGGAAAAAAUUAUGAGCAAGUACAUGGAGUGGAGAUUGGAAAAACAAUGACAUUUUCCACUAAUAGCAUAAUUAAUGAUGAUUUUUUUAUAUCACUUUUUAUAUCGAGUUCACAUGUGAGUUUGAUUUCAAUACCAUCAAGUACAACUGGGAAGUUUUCUUUUAUGAUUGCUGCUUCUAAUCAUGUGCCAUCCUUCCAAAAACUAAAUUAUUCUUUUGAUUUUCAGAUCCCUGUGUCUGGUUUGCGGUUUGCAGAUAUGAAACCAGUUCCAAAAUUUAUAGCUGGAUACAUGCUUAAUACAUGGCUAAUUUUUAAGGCUGAAAUAGACAAUGGAUCAAAUGUGAUAUACACAUUUAAUAUUCCCAAGCUUAAUUUUUCUAAGAAUGUAUCUGAUGAUAAUCAAGUUUCUCAUAUGUUUGUUAAUAUAGGUGUUUACACUGUUUAUUUAAUUGCCGCCAACAAGGUUAAUUCACUUAAUACUUCAAUUGAUAUUUCUAUAUUAUCAGAAAUAAGUGGAAUUUAUUUGUAUGUUGAAAAAAAUCAGCUACAAGAUAGGAUUUUUAACACAACUAUAAGAAUGUUUAAUGGAACUAAUGUGCAGUUAUUAGUUGAUUUUGGUGAUGGAACACCUGCUAAAUAUAUUUCAAAUAUAGAUGCAACUGGUGUGAAUGGUGUUACUUUUACUAUUGCCCAUAAAUAUUCUUUGUGUAAUAUGUUUACUAUCAAUGCCAGUGCAACAAAUGUGUUUGCAAGCACAAACGGAAGCUUAAACACUGCUGUAUUUUCAAAUUCUAAAGAUGUAACUGUUUUUUGCACACUUUCUACUUUGAAUGUCAUAGCAACUCCUAAUAUUUCACUAAAUGGGUAUGUUCAUUUAUCUCUUAGCAAAUAUCUAAUUUUGGGCAUAAAUCAAAAUACAGGAUCAUUUUUAAUAUACACAAUCGAUUGGGGAGAUGGAACUUAUGAAAUUAAAAAUCAAACCAUAAAUCAAAAUCCAGUUUCUUUUCAGCUACGACAUAAAUAUAAUGUAGAAAGCAACUUCACUGUUAAUGUAACAUCUAAGAACUUGCUGCAAAGUUUAAGCUAUUCAAUUUAUAUAAUUGUAAGAAAUUGUUCAGUACCUGAGAUUAGUUUUUAUUAUGGGACUUUAGUCAGCCCAAUGAAUAUUAUUCGAAGUGUUGGUGCAAAUAUUACAGCUGUUGUUGAUAAUAUUAAUAAAAUAUGUCCACUUGAAACUUACAGUUUUAAAUGGAAUCUUGGAGGUACUGUUUCAAAUCCUACAGUUACUUUUGGUUUUUUAUCUCCACAAAAAGUUACUUACACAAUUGCAAAAAACUCACUUGAUAUAGGCUUGCAUAAAUUAUUAUUGGAGUAUAACUAUGGAGAUGUUUCAAAUGUUUAUGCUGCAUAUUUAAAUGUUACAUUUUCUCCACUUUAUAUGGAAAUUGAUAAUGGAUUUUUUGCUUCUAUAAAAUAUAAAAGGAAUAAUAGAUAUGGUAUUUCCUACCAAAACUUUACAAUAAGUGCUAAGUCAAGUUUUGAUCCAGAUGAUCCUAUUGCAGGAAUAAUAAAUAUCACUUUUAAUUGGAAAUGUAAAGUUGCUUCAAAUUUCUCAGUUGCUCAAGAAGUUAUGGAAAGUUAUAAAGCUUUGAACUUAAAUUUUUCUAGUAACACAUGCUUUAAUCAAAAUUGGAUUAGCAUUUCUUCCUUUACUUCAGAAGUUACUUUUAACACACAGCAGUUUUUAGAAGGUAUAAGUUAUCAUUUUAAAGUGUGUGGAACGAAAUAUGCAGGAAAAGAUAUAAGUUCAUUGCAUGUAAAUAAGACAGGUUGUUUCACUCAAGAACUUCACAUAAUUGCUAGUGGUCUUCCAACUGUUUCUAUUAGGUGCAUAUCAAACUGUGAUUCAAAACUGAAUUUUAAAGAGCAAGUGAUUUACUCAUAUGUUUGUGAAGAUUGUGGCUCACAAAAACUAAUGGCAAAAUGGAAGAUAACAGAUGAUACUGGUUUUGUUCCUUCUGAAAUUUUGUCUACAAAUGCUUCUCUAGGCUUCUCAACUCCCAGUCUCAUAAUAAAUAAAGACAUUUUACUUGAAUCUAAAAGCUACACUUUUACUUUGAUAGUUGGUUUUAAAGAUUCAUUAAAACAAGUUAAAUUUAAAUUUACCAAAUCCACAUGUUCUCGUCCAUCUUCAGGACUUUGUUACAUUAAUCCAACGGAUGGUUAUGCUCUUGAAACAACUUUUAAACUUGUCUGUUACAACUGGAGAAACUAUGAUGGCUUCCUGAGCUACAGUUUUUUUUAUGACGAUAAUUUACCACAGUCAAUGAAGCUUGUAUCAACCAGUGAUUACCCUCUAAUGAGCAUUGCAAAUACUGGCCAACCUAGUUUAAUUAACUUUGUAAUGGGUCCAGGUUUUGAAAAAAAUGGUUACAAAAUUAACAUCAUUAUUAAGGUAUAUGGUAAAUACCAAGCAUACACAGAAUACAAUAAACUUAGCAUAAAGGUACGUCCAAAUAAUAAUCCUAUAAAUUUAACAGAAUUGUUUAUGGGGAUUAGUUUAACAGAUACACCAAGUGUUAUUAAUCUUGUUCAAGCAGUUAGUUCUACUAUUAACAAGGAGUUAGCAAGCUAUUACAACAAUACACCAUCACUUAUAAAUGAUUUUAUUGAUAUGAGUAGUUAUGCUAGAAAUCAAGAAAGACAAAUCCAUCUUUCUCGCUUGCAAGGCUUGCGAACUAAAAUGAUUGAUUUACUUAGCAAUAUUUCUAUCAACAAUUUGAAAUCUUUUAAAUCAAUAAGUGAUGCGUUGGCCUUAUCUACACAGUUUUCAAUGGUUUCUCAGUCUCAGAAACAGGCAGCAAAUAUUAUAACAAAGCUGGCUGAUCUUCUUACAAAUGACAAUCUAAAAGUAGUUGGAGUGAACAGUUUUGAGAUUAUGACUCAACCAUUUGUAAGUUCCAUAUCAAACUUAUUUGAGACUAAUACACCAGGCCCUUUACAAGGUGAACCUUUUCCCACAUCUCAAACAACAAAAUCAACAUCAAAUGUAGAAGGAGACUCAAAUUUUGAAUCAAAUUUGUUAAAGUCUAUGGACAAAUAUUUUAUGGCAAUUCUUUCAUACAAAGUUCCUGGUGAAGGUGCAACUGUGCGUGAAACAAGUCAAUUUACUGUUAUACUAAAAAAAGAUUUCUCAAGUAGCUUAAGUAACACUUCAAUUGGUUCAUCUGAAGGUGGUUUUACUCUACCAGAUUCAAAAGACAUGUUUAACGAGUCUAUACAAAAUGCACAAGUUUUAAUAAGUAAUGUCAGAAUGAAAGUUAUGGCUUACACAGGGGAUUCUAAUCGAUCACAAAACAUUCUUUCUGAAUGCCAAAGUCUUUCUAUUUCUGGUCUUGAUGGUAGUUCUAUAAAAGUGAGUAACAGUUCACAACCAAUCAGUAUAGCUAUUAAAAAUUUUCCUGAAAAAAUGAACGGAAAAAAUAUAUCAUUAUCAAUGCCUAAUGAUUUAUAUCAGGUGAAGCUUCCGUUGGCAUCAGAUUGUAACAUGCUUCUGAAGUUUUUAUUUUUAAAUGAUCAAAAUAAUUUAACAAAUCUUGUUGUUUACAUUCAAUAUGGAAAAGUUGCAACGAAACUUGAUUACGAUAUUAAACUGAAUAUUUCUGCUAAACAUGGUGUUGCAAUCACAAAAAAUGAUGCACUUGCAAACAUAUCUUUCGAAGUUUCCAAUGCAACUGCUACUGAUGCUACAAACAGUAGUCACAAUUUUUCUGAACUUUUACAAAGAAAUCAAGAUGCUCGUUUACUUGAUGAUGGUGCACUAAUUUUAUGGAACUUUUUAAAUUCGACAUAUGCUUUUUUAAAUAGAAGCGAGUUGCAUUUAUCAUUUUCCUAUGUUGGACCAAUGCCUGAUAAAAAAUUAGAUGCCAAUCCAUAUACAUUUGAUGAAGCAGAGUAUUAUGGGACAUUUGACUAUGAAAUGAAAUCAUUUUGUGCUGAAUGUAAUUACUGGAAUGAAAAUGCUAAUCGAUGGAUGUCAGAUGGAUGUCAGUAUGAUGUUGAAACUUCAACGCUUUUGCUAACUAAAUGUAAAUGCAACCAUUUAACAGCUUUUGGUGGGUUUUUUGUGGCUCCUAAUCCUAUACCAACACCUUCAUUAGGAAUGUUAAAAAGUGGUUAUGUUCUUCUUGUUACAGUUGGAGUUAUUAUUUUACUUUGGAUAAUUGGAUUAAUACUUGCCAGGAAAAUGGAUAAAAAAGAUAUUUCCAAGAUUGGUGUUUGUCCACUUCUUGAUAAUCAGGAUGGUGAUACUUAUCUAUAUCAAAUAAUUGUAAAUACUGGUAGUCGAAGAGAUGCUGGAACCAAAUCAAAUAUUUUUUUUACUGUUGCUGGUGAUUUAAAUGACAGUGGAAUUAGGCGUUUAAAAGAUUCAGAAAGAGAUUGCUUUCAACGAUCAAGCUGUGAUGUAUUUAUAAUGACUACACCAAGUUCUCUUGGUGAUCUUGAUUAUAUUAGGUUGUGGCAUGAUAAUAGUGGUGGAGGUUGGUACCUCAGAAACAUUGUUAUUAUUGACCUUCAAACUGAAAAGAAAUUUUUUUUUAUUGGUCAUUGUUGGGUUGCAGUUGAUCGGGGCUCAUGUAUGUUAGAAUGCCUUUUACCAGUAGCAUCAGAUUUAGAAACUUCUAAUUUUAACUACAUUUUUAUAACCAAAGCAAGUAAUGAUCUUUCGGAUAAUCACUUAUGGUUUUCAAUAUUUGCCCGCCCACCCAAAAGUAACUUUACUAGAUGCCAAAGAUUGUCUGUUGCUGUUUCUUUGUUAAUGACUUCUAUGGUGGCAAGCACAAUGUUCUAUGGACAAAUUCCACCAGCAAAUCCAGCAACUGAAAAUAAAGUUGGCAGUUUUUCAUUCACUUGGGCACAGGUUUAUGUUGCAGUAAUUAGUGCUUGCAUAACUAUACCUGUAAAUAUUAUACUUGUUGGAAUUUUUCGAUCAAUAAAACCUCUUGAAAAUGUAAACAAAAAUGAGACACAAAAAAGUUUAUCUUUACCUUUGAAGUUGAUUAAAAGCAACUCAAAUGAAAAAAUAGAAAUGAUUCCUAUUAAAGAAAACAAACCAACUUUGAAAAAAUCAAAGAAAGAAUUUUAUCUUCCACAUUGGUGUUUGUACAUAGCAUGGUUUAUCUGCAUUUGUAGUAUUUUUGGUUGUGGUGUUAUUGUUAUAUUUUAUGGGAUGGGUUUUGGAAAUAAAAAAUCUUUGAAUUGGUUAUCUAGUGUAACUAUUGGAUUUGUGCAAGACAUAUUUUUUAUUCAACCAAUUAAAAUUUUCAUUUUGUCAGUUUUUGUGGCUCUCAUUAUAAAAAAAAUUGAAGAAGAUACAUCCCAAGUUGAACAGCAAGGUAAAAUGUUAGCUCAAGAUGAAAGUUGGCUACAUAAACCUAAAGAUGAAACAACAAUUUUUGAGCAAGUUAACAUUGAAUUUAAACCUCCUGAUUCUUCUACAUUAGCAAUAAUGAGAGAGAAGGGUAUUAAAAACAUGAAGAUGUUCUCAAUAUUGCAAGAAUUGGUUUUUUACAUUUUUUUUGCAGUCUUAGUGUUCUUCAUUGGCUUUAUGACACGGGAAAAUUUUGCUUUUUAUCAAACUCGCAAUGUUGAAGAACUUUUUAAUUUGCAAUUAAGGUCUGGUGUAUCGUAUUCUUAUGGAACAAUUUUUAAAGAGAUUCAAUCAUCAAAAGACUUUUGGCCAUGGGUAGAAAAAUUUUUUCUACCACAAGUUUACCCUAAACCUUGGUACAAUUUGAGUGCUUUUUACGCAAAUUCAGAUAAGAAAAACUUCCCUGGAAAAUUGUUUUUAAAUGAUCUAACUUCAAAGAUUGUAAAUGGAAUCAGAAUUCGACAAGUUCGAGUGCAGCCACAUUCCUGUAUCAAAGCUAAAUCAAUGGCAAAUUAUUUUAAACUGGAUUGUUUUUCAUCUUACAGGUCUGCAUUUGAAGAAACACGGGAUUUUGAUUUCAAUUGGUCGCUUCCAGUAAAAUACAAAUCUGCUAUCAAUCCAUCAACUAUGCCAUGGAGGUAUCAAACUUGGAAAGAUCUUGAUGGUUAUCCAUAUUCAGCUUAUUUUGAUACCUACUAUGGUGGAGGUUAUGUAAUAGAAAUUUUUCCUAAAUGGAAAAAUAAAGCCUUACUCGAUCAACUUAAGAAACUUAGAUGGAUUGAUAGACAAACUCGUGCUAUAAUAAUUGAGUUUGCUUUGUUUAAUGUUGCUACUAAUUAUUUUAGCAUGGUCACAAUGAUAUUAGAGCUUCCAGCUUCAGGUGGAGUUAUUCCUAACUUUUCUAUACUUACUUUUAAAUUGUAUGCUUCAACAAAAGGAACUGGUGUGGCUAUGUUGGGUUCUCAAAUAUUGUUUAUCAUUAUUAUGUUUGUAUUUGCUAUUCGUGAAUGUUGUGUUUUAUAUCGAACUGGUUGGAAAUAUUUUCUUGAGUUUUGGAAUUUAAUAGAAAUUGCUUUGAUACUUUUAUCUGUUUUUGCUGUUGGAUUUUUCUUUUAUAAAGACCAUCUGGCUAAGGUGUUAUUACAACGAAUGCCUACUAAAAAACCACAGUCAUUUAUCAACUUUCAGUUUGCUUCAUACUGGGAUUUAACAUAUAUCUACAUUGUGUCACUCAUUGUUUUUUUUGUAACUUUGAAGUUUAUAAAACUAUUGCGGUUUAAUAGACGUGUUUCAAUGUUAUCUUCAACCUUGAAAGCUGCAUGGUAUCCUCUUUCUAUUUUUGGAAUCUUUUUUGUAAUCAUUAUGUGUUCAGUUGUAUCUUCAACAACAAUUGCUUUUGGUAUGGUGUUGGAAGGUUAUCAGAACUGUUUUAAAACAGUUUCAUCCGUAGUUUUAUUAUUACUGGGGAAUUUUAGUUAUGGUCAAUUUGAGUUUGCUAACUCUCUACUUGGUCCAAUAUUUGUCUUUGGCUUCAAUGUUAUUGUGAAUUGGGUUAUUAUGAGUAUGUUCAUAUCCAUUAUAACUGAUAUUUUUGCUGUAGUUCGUGCCAACCUUGCAUACCAAGAUAAUGAUUAUGAGAUGGUUGAUUUUGUAAUGGAACAAUUUAAAGAUUUGUUUGGUUGGGGUUCUUCGAAGAAAAAAAAAGAGAUUUAUCUUAUAAAUGAAAAUAAAAAGGCUCCUGAACUUGAAAGUCUUUUGACUGCUUCUUCCGUAAAUGAAAAGGCUCCUGAACCUGAAAGUCUUUCGACUGUUUCUUGCGUAAUUAAGCCAAGAUUAAACAAAAAUCGUUAUAAAGAGUUCAAAGGAGUGAAAAGUUUUUAUGCUGUUGAUUUGAGAAACGCUUUGCUUGAUGAGAAAUUAUCAAAAUACGAUUACUUGUUGAAUGAAGAUGUAACCAAUGGUGAAAUAAACGAAACGCUUGACAUGUUUAUUAAUUGUACAAAUAUACUUUACUAUGAUGACGCAGAAAUGGUCAAGAAAAUGAACGAAAUAGUAAAAAUGGAAAUUGAUAAGGAGCUAAUAACUGAGAUAAACAAUUGACUUUUUAUUUUUGAAUUUAUUCUUAUUUAUCACUUAAAUGUCUUUCAUCAUAGAAAAUAUCAUUUUCCAA